AUAAGAUAUAUUUCCGCACCUGUCGUACCAAACUUGCCUUUUAAUUCAACGGCAAUGUAUAAUUAGAUAACGAUGAAGUAGUGCUUAGUGUACAAAGUAACCAAUAGGUAUACAAAUGUUUUAGUCAAUUAUUCCGUUAAAAUAAUAAUCGCCUCAAUGAUAGUUGUAUGGUCAAACAAACAAACGCAAUGUAAGGCACGAUUGAUGGUGGCAAUAAGGUUCGAGGAGUAAAAACCGGAGCAAAGUCGAAAAAAGGAGAAUUGUGUCGUACUUACAGGUGAGAGAGCCAGCACCCAAAAUGGAUCUGAUUGAUUUUGAGAGCGCGGACGUGAAAACCGUGAGCCUGGAACUUGCGUCCCCGUUGAUCCCGGCUCCCGAGUCUCCAGGAAGAGACGACGAACGUGACCCAAGCAAGGUCGGUCCAGCUUUGGCGCAAGGCCGUCGCAGUUACGAGAGUAAUCCCUUCGACCUGAUCAUGAAGAAGGUGACGGACUACGAGAGAAACAAGGAGGAUCCCUUUGAGAGGGUCGUGGAAGCAGUCACCGCUGAUCAGGCAAAGUGCUUCAUACCCAAGCUGGAGUCGACAAAAGCCCUGCAGAGCGGCGACGUCUCUAAGAUGCCCGAAAUCGUCAUCUGUUCAGCUGCCUGUGAUAACAACUUGUCUAUUUUGAAUAAUUCGGCCAUGAAUGACGACUCGUUGUUGGGCUCCGAAUUUGCCACGACAGGCAAGAGUGCUACCGCAGGUACUCUGGUGCGUUGUAGUUCCGCGUCGCAGAACGAUUUUGGGUCAGUAGACAAGUCGCCGUGCAUAAAAGGUAGAAGAUCUUGCUCUGUACCUGAUGCUUUGAAAAAUAAUGGGUGCGGAGCAAACGAUUUAUUCAGCAUACAUCAGUCUGGCUCAUUUGAGGAUCCCUUUAACAACGCAUUUAGAAAAAAUCAAUCAAGCAUUAGUGAUUCCAGUAAUUUGAGUAAACAAUUGUAUCUAUCUGCAAACAGAGACACGUUUGAGAGGUUGAACAGUGACAGCUCAACCUAUUCUGGGCUAUCUAAUAUUUCUGCUAUCCCUAAUGGUUCUUCCAACAAGAUACACCUUGACAUCAAAAGUUCUUUUAGCGAGAUUUCUGAUUUAUCAACCAUACCGUCAAACGCUACAUCAUCUUUCAAUUCAUUUAUGUUAUCUAAUAACACUGCGAACAGAGCUUUUAUUAAUACGACAGAGAAUACCUCUGGAAAGUCAAGUGACAAGUCAGACUUGAUUAAAAAAUUUUAUGAAAUUAAAAGAAGAAUAUCAACUCAAAUUGACUUUACCAAUCAUGAAUCUAGUAAAGAGUCAUCGAGCGAAAAAAGAAAGUCCUCAGUGGAUGAGGAAUGUGCAAAAAGUUCGGUAAAUAAACUUGUUGAUCUGGAUGUUAGUUCCAACUCUGUUUUCAGCGAUCCAUCAGGUGUCGACGAUAUCAUUGUAAAUGAAGCUCAAAGUAUUGCAGAAACAUUUGAGAAGCUUGCUUCAAGCCUUCAGCAUGCCCCUUCAACAGAUAAUAAUUUGCCGCUUGAACAGACUGAAUUCGAUUUUGAUUGUUUACCUCCAUCCGAUGAUGAAGCUGUCAAUGAUUUGAUAGAUUUGCCUACGUCGCCGCCAAAAAAAGUAAUUCCAAAAUCAGUUACAGAAGAAGAAGAACGAGUUUUUACAAAUAACGAUGCAAAGUCCUUGGAAAGUGAAUUUAUUGAGCAAAAUGAUUCUGAAAAAAAAGCUGCAGCUACGUCACUAUUACUGGACUUGCAAAAAUUAAUCAACAAAGAAAAUAAUCCACGUGCAUGUAAAGUCUUGGAUGAUUUACAAAACAUACUAGGAGUCAAAUGUGACGACAAUACAGAACUUUUGAAAAAUUGUUUACAAAGCACCAAUUUUACUCAAUUUAAAGAAAACAGUAAAAGUGACUUACCUGUACAAAAAAGUGAUGACAGUAGUGAAAUAAACAGUGUUCAAACUAUUGAAGAUUUAGGUGUGAUGUCUAUUGAAAGUGAUGUAGAUAAUACCACUGAAUCAAACAUUGAUAGUACAAAUUGCAUGCCUUUUGAAGAUGAGAAAUCAAAAAAAAAUCUUCAAAGUAUUCUUGAUAAAAUAAUUAAUAAAAAGGAUGAGGCUGAUGUUGUAGAUUUUUUAACAAGUAUUGGUUCUAUGUUAACUAUGGCUAAAGAGCUACAAGAAAAAAAAAAUGUAGCCCUUAAAUCAAAAACUGAAACAAAAAUGGCAACUAAUUCUUUAAUACCAUGGAACACUCCAAAAAGUACCAAAAAAUCACAGAGUAAAUCAUUUGAAGGACUCUCUCAGCGAAAAGAUGAUUUACUGUCAAAAUCUUUCAAUAUGAAUAGUUCUAAUGUUCCAAAUAUCAAAGAUAAAAGAAAAUCAGGUUUGUUGAACAUUCGACUUUUUCAAAACAACGCAAGUGCAUUAGGAAAGAAAAAAGUCGACAGCAUUAAUCAGGAAAGCAAAAAACCACAUUCAUCAACAACUAAUAUAGGUAGUGAGUCGAUCACAGCUAAGUUCAAAAAGAAGAUAAGUUCCGAAGUUGUUACCAAAAAAGGACCACUAAAAGCUAUGAUUCCUUUGGGUAAAAUGCAAAAACAAGUAUUUACAAACCCAAGAAUGUCUUCACAAUCUGCUUCUCUCACUCCUUCAAAAACACAAAUCGCUAUUUUAAACGUUUCAAGUAGUACCCCGAACUCUGGUAGAGCCUACAAGUUUUCGAAAUCUAAUCCUAAAGCCUCGUCAACACCAAAUACUGAUGCACCAAAGAAACGAGAAGAAAUCCUGACCCGACUCUCUAUUCCGAUGCGCAACAGUUUUAAAUGUAAAUCGGCUGAUAGUUUGCCCUCGCUUAACCCUGGUUUAAGGCGUAGUUUUUCGUUGAAAACUAAUCAAAGGCGAGACCAAAUUUCAUCGCCACCGCCAAGUCAAUCGCAAGCAGUGAAACAAAAUAGCUCAAUCAGUUCGGAUUCUCGGCUACCGCGAUUAUCCCCGCGUCCUGUACGGGUGAGAAAUUAUUCUUUCAGCGAUUCAAAAACUGCUGUAAAGUCACCGUCAAAGUUUGCAUCGAAAAAUUUGGAUAAAAAGUUCCACAGACAUUCUGUCCUUAGUCCUUUAAAAAAUUUGAACAAGCUUGAACAUAAACCAACAAAUUUGGCUUCAAGGCUUGGAAGAUCCUAUCAAUUGGGUCCAGAAAAGGAAAACUACGUGUAAUGAAACUGCAAUGGAGUGUUGGUUAACUACUUAUAAAAUCAAUUACGUGCAGAUCUUGCUGUAUGUUGUAAAAAGAUGAGUUUGUAUUUUAUAAGAUGAAAGUAUUUUUUUACAAUUUUAUAUUGCUUACACGCACUGUUUCCAUAUACUUAAAUUAUUUUUAAUAAAACUAAUUUUCAUACGUA